AACCAAACAAAAAAAUCUUUUUAAUAUUCAUAGAAACCAACAAAGCACACUAAAAAUAAAUAAAAUAUAAAUAAUAAAUGGCAGUUGACUCGGUCUUGUCGUCGCCGCUCGGACCACCGGCGUGCGAGAAAGAUGCAAAGGCAUUACAAUUUAUAGAAGAAAUGACUAGAAAUGCAUUUAAAGUUCAAGAGAAAGUGUUGGGAGAGAUUUUGUGUAGAAAUGCAAAUACUGAAUAUCUAAAGCGUUUUAAGCUAAAUGGAGCUAUCGAUAGGGAGACUUUUAAGGCUAAAGUCCCUAUGGUUACUUAUGAAGACCUUCAACCUGAAAUCCAACGUAUUGCUAAUGGUGACCGUUCCCCUAUCCUUUCUGCUCACCCCGUUUCUGAAUUCCUCACUAGUUCUGGCACAUCAGCUGGAGAAAGGAAAUUGAUGCCCACAAUCCAAGAAGAAUUAGAUCGCCGUCAACUACUAUACAGCCUUCUAAUGCCUGUCAUGAAUCUGUACGUACCAGGACUUGACAAAGGAAAAGGACUUUACUUUUUAUUUGUGAAAUCCGAAACCAAAACCCCGGGUGGACUCUUGGCCCGACCCGUUCUCACUAGCUACUACAAGAGUGAGCAUUUCAAGACUCGCCCGUAUGAUCCCUACAUGGUUUAUACUAGUCCAAAUGAAGCCAUCCUUUGUUCAGACUCGUUCCAAAGUAUGUACUCCCAAAUGUUAUGUGGGUUGUAUGAGCGUAAGACCGUCCUUCGUCUUGGAGCGGUCUUUGCUUCUGGUCUCCUUCGAGCAAUUCGCUUCCUCCAGCUUAAUUGGAGGCAGUUGAUUCAAGAUAUUCGAGACGGUUAUCUAAAUGACAAAAUUAUCGACUCAAAUAUCCGUCAAGUUAUGGACCGGGUCAUGAGGCCCGACCCAGAAUUGGCGGAUUUUAUUGCCUCGGAAUGUGAAAAGGACCAAUGGGAAGGGAUAAUUACCCGAAUUUGGCCAAACACAAAGUACCUUGAUGUGAUUGUUACCGGGGCAAUGGCUCAGUAUAUUCCAACAUUAGAUUUUUACAGCGGUGGUUUACCUUUAGCAUGUACUAUGUACGCAUCAUCCGAAUGUUAUUUCGGGUUAAAUUUAAACCCGAUGUGUAAACCAUCAGAAGUAUCUUACACCAUUAUGCCAAACAUGGCUUACUUCGAGUUCCUCCCAGUUGACUCAACCGGGUCAACUCGUGACUCAGCUCCAAAACUCGUUGACCUAGUCGACGUCGAGGUGGGAAAAGAGUACGAGUUAGUCAUCACUACCUAUGCCGGGUUAUACAGGUACCGAGUCGGGGACAUACUCCGAGUCACUGGGUUCCACAACUCAGCACCACAAUUCCAUUUCGUAAGGCGAAAGAAUGUACUACUCAGCAUUGACUCGGACAAAACGGACGAGUCCGAGUUACAAAAAGCGGUAGAAAACGCGUCAAAACUACUUAAAGACUACAAUACAAGUGUCGUUGAGUACACGAGUUACGCGGAAACGAAUAAAAUUCCGGGUCAUUAUGUUAUUUACUGGGAAUUAUUAGUUAAAGACUCCGGAAAUUUACCCCCGAGUCAUGUGUUGGAUAAAUGUUGUUUAGUAAUGGAGGAAUCGCUUAACUCGGUGUACCGACAAGGCCGAGUCGAGUGUAACUCAAUUGGGCCAUUAGAAAUUAGGGUAGUUACAAAUGGUACGUUCGAGGAAUUGAUGGAUUAUGCAAUCUCACGUGGGGCGUCAAUAAAUCAGUAUAAAGUGCCAAGAUGUGUGAAUUUUACGCCAAUUAUGGAGUUGCUUGACUCGCGAGUUGUAUCGGCGCAUUUUAGCCCGAGUUUACCGAGUUGGACUCCAGAGCGCCUUAGGUGAAUAAUAGUGCAUCAUGGGUAAGAAAAGUUGGUAGAUCUUAGGAAGAUUCCUUUUUUUUAUUUAUAAUAUUUAAGUGUUUGCCUUUUCUUUUUUUGGACAGUUUUUCCCCUCUUUUUUGUGGGUAAUUAAUUAGUCUUUGGAAUUAAGGAAAAAGGUUGUUAAUUAAUUGGGUUUAGGAAGUUUGGAAAGUUGGUAGUAAUGAAAUGUAAUGAAUGUAAGCUUUGUUGAAAUUAACAUUUUCUCUUGGGUAAAAGAAAGUUAGUGAUGUUGGCUUUUUAAAAUGACUUUAUAAUUUUUAGUGUUUUUAUAUUUGUUUUUUGUAAUCAAUAUAUCUAAUUGUAAUUUGCUU